CGUCGAUUACAUGAUCGCUUUCUUUCAAAGAUGGUUUUCCUCCAUAUGAUACUGAAGCUCUACUCAUCGUCAAGUCAGAAGUCCUGACCCAAUCUCUGAAACCGAAGGAAAGUCUCUUCACAAUGUGUGGACGAUACGCAUUAGGCGUGGUACGUCGUUUCAAUACCCUCCCAGCAAGACAUAUACUAUAACUAGUCUCGCUACGGACAAAUUAGAGGGCGUCUUAGAUCUCGAAGCUAACCACCCCCGACCCCAAGCGCAUGAACUUUGUCCGACGCCGUCUCCAAGAACAAGGCAUGCAAGUUGACGAAGCACCAGACGACGACGAAGUGCGCGAGACUUAUAAUUUCGCGCCGGGGAAUAAUGGCGCGGUGUACCGGGUCGACACAUCGCCCUCACCAACAACACAUGGUAGUGACUCGCGCGAUGGCGCAGCAGAGCAGCAAGAUGAUCACCGCCAAGAAGAGGCUUUAGAAAAGGUACCUCCAGAGGGGAGCAGCAAUCACCCCCGCUACAAAAUCCAAAGCAUGCGAUGGGGCCUCAUCCCCUUCUGGACGAAGCGCAAACCCGACUACGGCUCGCUGAUGCGCACGAUCAACUGCCGCGACGACUCGCUGGUCGAAGAUCGCGGCAUGUGGACGUCGAUGAAGCGCAAGAAGCGCUGCGUCGUCGUCUGCCAGGGGUUUUAUGAGUGGCUGAAGAAGGGGCCCGGCGGGAAGGAGAAGGUGCCGCAUUUUGUGCGUCGGAAGGAUGGCGAGUUGAUGUGUUUUGCGGGAUUGUGGGAUUGUGUGAGAUAUGAAGGGUCGGAUGAAGAGCUCUAUACUUUUACAAUCAUCACGACGUCUUCGAAUCAGUACCUGAAGUUUCUGCAUGACCGCAUGCCGGUGAUUCUGGAUCCCAACUCCGAGGAAAUGAGGCGCUGGCUGGAUCCGGAGAGGACUACGUGGUCGAAGGAAUUACAGGCCACCUUGAAACCAUACGAGGGCGAGCUGGAGUGCUACCCCGUGCCAAAAGAGGUGGGAAAAGUGGGCAACAACUCUCCCGACUUCAUCGUGCCAGUCAGCAGUAAGGAGAAUAAAGGCAACAUUGCUAAUUUUUUCGCCAACGCCAAUAAGGGCGGUCAGAACGAAGGUCUGACCAAGAAGGAACCAGGAUCCCCAAAUGUCAAGGCUGAAGAGCCGGACCAUCGUGACACCGUAGAUACCGAGUGGACAGAGGACAAUGCUCCGCAGCCAGCUACGGGGGUCAAACGCGAGCAUCCGGCGGAAACCCCGGAAGAAGUGGAUGAUGAAGUUGCCAAGAGACAGAAGACCCAGCCUAGCCCAGCUGCAACGUCGCCCGAGCAAAGCACCGAGCAGAAAGGUAGUCCUGGGCAAGCAACGGGACGAGGAAGGCAAAUGCGAAGUGCCACUCACAAUAAUAAGCUGGCGAAGAAGGCCCAGCAAAAGAAAGUAACGGCAGGCACUCAGCCCAUAACUAACUUCUUUCAGAAGUGAAUCUGAUCCCAAUAUAUCUGUGCUUCAAGGUCAAUUCUUGCGUGAUGGUUUCUUUUUCUGCGAUGACGAGCUGGUCUCUGAGCGGCGUGGUUUCUUCUCGGGAUUUAUACUACAGAAUUUAUCAGCUGUCCAGCAGUCUGAGUUGGUUCCGUCUUGCC